CCAGAUGCUCGUGACCAUGUUCCUGAGCCCGCCGUCACCCCGCGCCAGGCACCAGGACGACCCGCCCGUCCAGCGAGCCCGCCUCCAAGUGCGAAUACACGACUGCCUCAAGUCUAUCCUUCGCCAGAACUCAAUGGCGAGCGCUUACUUGGCUCCGAUUCUCAUAGCGACGUUCCCAUUCUCCAGCGAUACCGCGAAAGCACAUGUGCACUACAUCAAGAACAUCCUACAAGUCGCAGAGUACUGCCUGGAGAUCAAGGGUGAAAUCAUGUCGGUUAUAACAGACAAGCUGGUCAAGAUUGAUGUGCAAAUCCAGGUGGACAUGGAAGAGCUGGAGGAUGACAUGGAGGAGCGGCUCGUGGGCGAAGCCAUCAAUGACGCAGAGGACGAUGACGACAGCGACAACGAGUCGGUAUCAAGCGAGGAGAGUCUCGAGCCCGAGGAGCGCCGCCUCAAAGACCUCAGAGACUCAGUAACUAAGCUCGACGAUAUCAUGGACCUGCUAUUCACACACUACGACUCCGUCUUCGCAAAAGGCGACCGUUUCGACAUCGACGAGCUCUUCGAGUCUCUCCUCAUCCAAUUCGCAAACAUCAUCCUCCCCACCUACCGCUCUCGCCACACACAAUUCCUCCUCUUCCACUUCAGCCAAAUAUCCCCAGACCUCACAGAGCGCUUUGCUGGCUGCUGCUCGCACCUGGCCUUUGACCAUCGACAACAUCACAUCGUCCGUGUCACCGCCGCCGCCUACCUCGCCUCCUUCAUCGCCCGUGGGGCCCACGUCUCGGGAUCCGUCGUUCGCGACGUAUUUGAUCUCCUGUGCCACCACCUCGAGAGUCUACGCGCGUCUCAGGAGCCUUCCUGCAAAGGUCCCGAUCUCCGGCGCUACGGCACCUACUACGCCAUCUCCCAAGCUUUGCUAUACACCUUCUGCUUCCGCUGGCGCGACCUCAUCGUCACACCUACUGGUGCCCCCCCGACAGACGAAGAUAUCAUCUACCACGAAGGCGACUUCAAGUGGCACACUAAUGUGCAAGAAACCCUCCGUAGAAACAUCUUCUCGAAACUCAACCCCCUCAAGAUUGUCGCGCCGACCAUUGUCAGCCAAUUUGCGCGUAUGGCGCAUCAUCUGCGCUUCGUCUACGUGUACCCCCUCAUGGAAACAAACAAACGCGUUAGACUUGCACGCAGCCUCGCGAGCGGAUACCUCAAUGGUCUGGGCGGGAGAGAAACUGCGCUCAGUCAGAAGAAGGGCGAGGAAACGUUCCUCCUCGAUGCGUAUUUUCCCUUCGACCCGUAUGUCCUCCCGAGGAGCAAGAGGUGGCUGCAGGGCGAAUACGUGCAGUGGAAACCUGUUCCCGGGAUGCCUGUGGAGCGAGACGAGGAUGACGAUGACGAUGAGGAAGAAGACAGCGAGGACGAGGAUAGUGAGAGUGAGGAAGAUGGAGAAGAUGGGGCGUUGGCCGUGGGCGAUGAUCUGGAUGACGGGAGUACAGAGGCGAGUCUUUGAAUCCCUUUUACUUCUCUGCUUUUGUUUUGUUUAAGCGUUUCCGCGGGACCUGCAUUGUAUGGCGCUGGUAGGGCAAAAACGGUUUACAACAUGCAUGUACUCGGCGUGGAGGGCUAUCUGGAUGCAUAUACUGCCUUUUAUUUGCGCAUGAUUGAUGGAGAUGGAUGGACUGGGUUUGCGGUGUAUAUGUGGUAAUUGCAUAGCGAACUG